AACACAGAGUUUGUAGAAGAGGAAUGUCUUACUGCUUGGUAUCUUGAGGUAGGAAUUGGCGAUGUGGAAAGUGAGAUCACAGGCAGAUGCAGAGGUCUCCUGUCAGCUUGGACAGAGCUGCAUUUUACCCUGCAGUUUUACACCUGGAGAUGAUCCUGCUAUUCAUUGGAUUCAGCUGACACUAAUAAAAGCUAAAGUUCACUCCUACCAUGACAACAAGGACCAUUGGGUACACCAGGACCAGAGGUUUAGAGGAAGAACGUCUCUGUUCAAGGAUCAGAUCUCCAAAGGAAACGCCUCCCUGCAGCUGACAGGAGUGAUGGUUCAGGAUGAAGGAAGAUAUCAGUGUUUCACCAGCACCAUCACUCAUAAAAAUACAAGCCUCUUAACCAUUCGGAUUGAGUGCGAGGCAGAGGUCUACUGUCAGUUUGGACAGAGCUGCAUUUUACCCUGCAGUUUUACACCUGGAGAUGAUCUAGUUAUUCACUGGAUGUAUUGGAAACCAACACAAGCUGAAGUUCACUACUACUAUCUCAACAAGGACCACCUGGAACACCAGCACCAGAGGUUUAGAGGAAGAACGUCUCUGUUCCAGGAUCAGUUCUCCAAAGGAAACGCCUCCCUGCAGCUGACAGGAGUGAUGGUUCAGGAUGAAGGAGGAUAUAACUGUCUCGCCAGGACAAUCGCUGAUAAAGGAGGAAGAUGCUUUACAAUGAAGGUUUACGCUCCACCUCAGAAGAUCAACAUGAAGCAGACGGAAAACCAGAUCAUCUGCAGCUCAGAUGGGAUCUAUCCUGAACCUGAUCUCAGCUGGUCCAUCAGUCCUCCAUCCAGCAGAACCUUCCAGAACACAACCAGAGUCCAGGAGACUGAAGAACUUCUUUACAACAUCAGCAGCUCUCUGACUCUUUCAGACGGUGAAGAUGACCUGGACUACAUCUGCACCAUCAGCACUCCAUCAAACCAGAGGAGAGCUUCAUGGAGGAGAGGACCUUCAGUGAAGAUCAUCUCUGGAGAAGCAACCAUCUCCUGCUCUGCCUCAGACUCCUCCCUCAAAGGCUUCAGUCUGGUUUGGAGCUUCAAUCAGAAUCAGAUGAUUGUGACCAAGAAAGAGGAUGAUGAGCAGAGAGUGUCAGAGGAGUGGAAGCAGCAUGUGAAGGAUGUCUCAGAGUCAGGCAGACUCACACUGCAGCACUUAUCUGCAGAUCAUGAGGGAACAUACACAUGUGAAGUCAGCAAGGAUGAGGAGACCAACAUCACUCAAGUCUCUCUGAGUCCAGCUGAGGAAUCAAAUGCAGAGGUCUCCUGUCAGUUUGGACAGAGCUGCAUUUUACCCUGCAGGUUUACACCUGGAGAUGAUCUUGUUAUUCACUGGUUUAAGAUGACACCAACAAACACUAAAGUUCACUCCUACUAUGACAACAAGGACCACCUGGAACACCAGCACCAGAGGUUUAGAGGAAGAACGUCUCUGUUCCAGAAUCAGAUCUCCAAAGGAAACGCCUCCCUGCAGCUGACAGGAGUGAUGGUUCAGGAUGAAGGACCAUAUCGAUGUUUGACCAGCACCAUCACUGAAACAGGAGAAUUCGACAUCAACAUGAAGGUUUACGCUCCACCUCAGAAGAUCAACAUGAAGCAGACGGAAAACCAGAUCAUCUGCAGCUCAGAUGGGAUCUAUCCUGAACCUGAUCUCAGCUGGUCCAUCAGUCCUCCAUCCAGCAGAACCUUCCAGAACACAACCAGAGUCCAGAAGACUGAAGAACUUCUUUACAACAUCCGCAGCUCUCUGACUCUUUCAGACCGUGAAGAUGACCUGGACUACAUCUGCACCAUCAGCACUCCAUCAAACCAGAGGAGAGCUUCAUGGAGGAGAGGACAUGCAGAGGUCUCCUGUCAGCUUGGACAGAGCUGCAUUUUACCCUGCAGUUUUACACCUGGAGAUUAUCUUGAGAUUUACUGGGUUCAGCUGACACCAACACAGGCUGGAUUUCACUCCUACUAUGACAACAAGGACCACCUGGAACACCAGCACCAGCGGUUUAGAGGAAGAACGUCUCUGUUCCAGGAUCAGAUCUCCAAAGGAAACGCCUCCCUGCAGCUGACAGGAGUGAAGGUUCAGGAUGAAGGAUCAUAUAAAUGUUUCACCAGGACCAUCACUGAUGUAGGAGGAAUCUACAUCAACAUGAAGGUUUACGCUCCACCUCAGAAGAUCAACAUGAAGCAGACGGAAAACCAGAUCAUCUGCAGCUCAGAUGGGAUCUAUCCUGAACCUGAUCUCAGCUGGUCCAUCAGUCCUCCAUCCAGCAGAACCUUCCAGAACACAACCAGAGUCCAGGAGACUGAAGAACUUCUUUACAACAUCAGCAGCUCUCUGACUCUUUCAGACGGUGAAGAUGACCUGGACUACAUCUGCACCAUCAGCACUCCAUCAAACCAGAGGAGAGCUUCAUGGAGGAGAGGACCUUCAGUGAAGAUCAUCUCUGGAGAAGCAACCAUCUCCUGCUCUGCCUCAGACUCCUCCCUCAAAGGCUUCAGUCUGGUUUGGAGCUUCAAUCAGAAUCAGAUGAUUGUGACCAAGAAAGAGGAUGAUGAGCAGAGAGUGUCAGAGGAGUGGAAGCAGCAUGUGAAGGAUGUCUCAGAGUCAGGCAGACUCACACUGCAGCACUUAUCUGCAGAUCAUGAGGGAACAUACACAUGUGAAGUCAGCAAGGAUGAGGAGACCAACAUCACUCAAGUCUCUCUGAGUCCAGCUGAGGAAUCAAAUGCAGAGGUCUCCUGUCAGUUUGGACAGAGCUGCAUUUUACCCUGCAGGUUUCCACCUGGAGAUCAUCUUGGGAUUUACUGGGUUCAGCUGACACCAACACAGGCUGGAUUUCACUCCUACUAUGACAACAAGGACCAAUUGAGACACCAGGACCAGAGGUUUAGAGGAAGAACGUCGCUGUUCCAGGAUCAGAUCUCCAAAGGAAACGCCUCCCUGCAGCUGACAGGAGUGAAGGUUCAGGAUGAAGGAUCAUAUCGAUGUUUGACCAGCACCAUCACUGAAACAGGAGAAUUCGACAUCAACAUGAAGGUUUACGCUCCACCUCAGAAGAUCAACAUGAACCAGGCGGAAAACCAGAUCAUCUGCAGCUCAGAUGGGAUCUAUCCUCAACCUGAUCUCAGCUGGUCCAUCAGUCCUCCAUCCAGCAGAACCUUCCAGAACACAACCAGAGUCCAGAAGACUGAAGAACUUCUUUACAACAUCAGCAGCUCUCUGACUCUUUCAGACGGUGAAGAUGACCUGGACUACAUCUGCACCAUCAGCACUCCAUCAAACCAGAGGAGAGCUUCAUGGAGGAGAGGACCUUCAGUGAAGAUCAUCUCUGGAGAAGCAACCAUCUCCUGCUCUGCCUCAGACUCCUCCCUCAAAGGCUUCAGUCUGGUUUGGAGCUUCAAUCAGAAUCAGAUGAUUGUGACCAAGAAAGAGGAUGAGGAGCAGAGAGUGUCAGAGGAGUGGAAGCAGCAUGUGAAGGAUGUCUCAGAGUCAGGCAGACUCACACUGCAGCACUUAUCUGCAGAUCAUGAGGGAACAUACACAUGUGAAGUCAGCAAGGAUGAGGAGACCAACAUCACUCAAGUCUCUCUGAGUCCAGCUGAGGAAUCAAACAAUCCUCAUGUACGCAUCAUCAUAGUGUUAACAGUUAUUGGGAUCUCUGCUGUUGUAAUCGCUCUGGUGUUUUUCUGCAGAAGAAGAAGAAGAAACGCUCAGAGAAAAGCUGCUGAAGUUUCAUCAGUGGCCUCAAACACAGAGAUAAUCCUCACCAAGAUCUCAGAAUUCCACACAAACAGAGUACGGAACAACAAGGAACAAUCAGGAACAACAAGCAGAAACAACAUUGUGAAACUGAUGCUUCAUCUGUGUUUCAUCAGCAGAACCGACACAACGACAAAAUUCAUGAAUUCUGAAGAUUCUUUUGCAUUUAGUUGUAACAUGGUCCAUGGUCAGGGGGGGGGCUUUGUUACACCAACAGCAGCACAUGAACCAAAAAUGAGGGAGACAGAGAGAGAGAGAGCUGAGAUAGAGGAAAUGACAUUGGACACUGGAAAUAAAGCAACAUCUGGAAGCAUUUCACUUUAAUUGAUGAUACAAAGGAUGAGUGUAGAGUCUGCAGGAAAAGAAUUCCAUCUAAAUCUAUCUAUUGUAUUUUGUGAUGGUAUUAUCAUUCAUUUUGAACAUUAUAUCUGGGAGGAACAAUAGUAAAUACUUUUUAUACUAAGUAUUUACUAGUAUAAAAUACUAUAUUAUAUUAUAUUAAAUGAUAUUGUCAUCCAUUUGUUUACAUUAGUUAUUCAUUUUGUGCAUACUUUUGUGUAGCUGUUGAUAAUAAUUAAUUAUAGCAAUAAAACAACCUAAAGAGCCAUUUGGGAGCCAAAAGAUCCAGUUCUUUUUAGUGAGCCGAUCCAAAAGAGCUGGUAUUUCCAUCACUACUGAGGAGCUUGUUCUUGUAGUUCUGGCUGCUGGACCAUUUGUGGAGCCGCCGCCUACUUUCUGGCCUUGCCCAACUGGAGUUUCACAAGUUGUACUUGUAACGCUGGAACUCCUUCCAUGGUUUGAUCACUAUGGUCAUGUGAUGUGUUUCCUCCCAAACUGUCCUAUUUGCCCCAUCAAAUCAGGAUUAUAAUGCAAAGCUUUAGUGAUCACUUCUACUGCUUUUCUGAUGACACCUGAUGGACCCACGCUUGGUUGGAAUGAAUCCCCGUGUGUUUGACCCAUUUGUCCUUGCAUUGUUCUACUUGCUCCUUAGGAGGUGUCUCAAGGUGUUUCUCCUUUUGAUUUGUCUCACUGAAAUCUGGGGGGGGCCUGUGGACACUGGGAGUGGAAAUUUGUCUCUCAUGGCUCAUCCAAUCCCAGUGCAAACCUCCACAAAUGGAAUUUCAUCGUCCACAUAUGAAAUCUGGGCCAUUCCUUCUAAUUUUAAAAGCUCCCCCCUGUCCUGCACUGCUCUCCAAUCUCCCACGUCCACCCUCUGGUCCUGUGUUUUAUAUAUAUAUAUAUAUAUAUAUAUAUAUAUAUAACACAUAUAUAUAUUAUAUAUUCAACUACAAUCAGUCCCCCUCCAGAGGAGGAAGCAUUUCUCUACCAGAGCCGUCACAUCAACAGAAAGAUUGUAUUUGACCGCUGCUUUGUGGCGGGCCUUCCUCACCUGCCAUGGGUCAGCUUCUUCAUCAGGAGGCGUCAAAGGAUGUUCUGCAUUCUUCAGCCCUCCUCACUGUUGUGGAGGUGAACAGGGGUUCCACUAUAGUUUUUUAGGCUCUUUUGAUUUUGCAUUUAAUGGAUUCUAUAUAUGCAUGUAUAUUGUAUUGCAGAAAUAUGCCUGAUUCCUGCCUGCAGAAACAGAAAAUAUGUGCAGAGGUCACAAGUAGGCCUGUCUGUGACUUUUGGUCUCUGUUGUCUUUCUGUGCUGGAGUGUUUAUGGAACCACAAUACCUGCAAUGCACACUAGACAAAAACACCUCAGACCUCUCAGUCCAGAAAAGUGCAGUGCUAGGAACAGCUAAGAUGCUGAAGGACCCUCAAGCUCCUAGGCCUCUGGAAAGGACCCGAGCUUGGAGGAGAAAACACCCGCAGAAGGGUGAGAGGGGUGUUUUAGUUUUAGUUUAUAUACAGUAUAUCUCCAACUUUAAUGAAUUAAUUCAAUUAGUACCAAAAUAUUUUGUCAGAUUUAUUCAACCCAAUAAAUAGGUCAAAUGUCAA